CGUCCGUCCAUCCGUCUUCUCUGGAUGAGUGGGUGGAUGGGCGCUUGUACCCGCUGUCGGUAGAGAAGUAAGGUAGACAAGCAGACAGACAGACAGACAGACAGACAGUGGACAUGGAUGAGAUUGUUACUGACAGGAUGGAUGGAUAUCUACUAUCUACCUUAUGGAGUGGGAGGAGUGUGGAUGAUGGGUCAGGUAAUAAUACUAAUAUCAUGGGACUGGCCCUGGGACCGGGACUGGAGACGGUUGGCGAUAUUACUACUGUGGAGUUGCCUGUCUUUUUUUUCUAGGAAGUCUGGGAGUCUGGGAGUCUGGGAGUCUGGAAGUCUGGGACCGUGUAUGACCGCAGAUCGGAUCAGAUCAGAUCAGGAGACAGACACUACAGGGCACCACAAGUACGAAGUACCUAUCUACCUACCUGACUGUUGAGAUGAUGUCGUAUGCUGGCGGAGAUGAGCGGUGUAAUUAUUGUCACUUCUGGAGAGUGGCGACUUUUCUUUUCUUUUUCUUUUUCUUUUUCUUUUCGUGGUGCGUGCGUGGGGAACUCUAAACGGGGACGGAGGCGAGGCGAAGUUCCAUGGAUGCGAUGUUUGAGGUCGAGGUUCGAGGUUCGACGGUCCU